AAUGGAGCUAUCGAGCUGUGGAACAGGCCAGGCCACGGCCUUCGGCUAUGGCCCGAGCGCAUGAUUCCAAGACAUCGUCAUUGAGGCAUGAGGUACGAUUUCUGGCAAUCCGAAAUGUUGAAUAGCGAGAGAAGUUGCUUUGCGCUGAGACUACGCGGCAGCACUGGAAUUAGGAUACUUUUGCGAGGCUGCAUUGGCUAUGUCUGGCCGGAGAGUGCGACAUAUGGUACAGAGGCCACAAGCGGCCCGAAAGGCGGUUGGGAACAGAUCGAGACGACGUUAGGCUUGCGCCGGCUUAUCGGGGAAGCAUUCACAGCGAAGAGCAUGUAGCAAGGAAGCAGAUCUGCACAACUAUGCCUCGGUCUCCAAUCCGCUCAAGUGCAAAGCAGUGGCCGUCAUUUUAUACCAGCGGCGUGGAUGGCACAACGUUCCAGGGUUUCGUGCAUAAAUGAGCCCGUCUGUACCACUUCCAGCCAUGUUC